UCACUGAGGGAAUUCCUGGUUGCUAAGUACCGCUCAGCUGUAACUCAGUAACCCAACGGUCGAUUAAACACGGUCGACGAGGAUUUAUUUCCCAGCUUUGUUUUAGCUUUGAACGCCCCGAGACUCACCGGCGGUUCUGCCACUGUCCGCUCGCGCUCAAACACCCGCCGCCUCUCUGCCUGUUUAGGACUCGAGACGCGCUGCACGCGCAAACUUUCUUAGCGACGCACGCGCGCUCCAUGUAAAACCCAGUCGUCAAGGUAACAUAAAUGCAGGUGAAGGUGGAGCUUGGUGUUAACGAGGAACAGUGGUAACGAUGAAGGAGUGCUUGCGUGAGAAGAACGGCCCGGGAGUGCAGGAAUGGGCAGAUGGGUCCAGAUAUGAAGGGGAGUUCCUCAGUGGACUAAAACACGGCAGUGGAACUUUUACCUGGCCUAACGGAGAGUGUUAUAAAGGCUCCUUCUACAAGGAUUACCGCCAUGGCAGAGGAACCUACGUUUGGCCGGAUGGCUCUCAGUUCAUUGGAAAGUUUUACCUGAAUCGUAAAGAGGGCUAUGGCGUUCAUCGUUUCCCUGAUGGAACCAUUUUUAAGGGUCUGUACCAUGCUGAUGAGCGUUUUGGACCUGGAGUCAUGUCGUAUCAUGAUGGCUACCAGGAUGUGGGUCUGUGGUACCGUCAGUGGCUAUUGCGACUCUGCACCACUGUUAAGGGAGGCUUCACUUUAACAGACUUCCCAGAACACAUGGCCCGACUUCCACAGCAACAUCUUGCGAAGAUCCAAUCCCAGCCUUCAUUUACAAAGAAAAGUCAGUUUUUCACAGCUGACACUCACCUGCUUGACGACUCUUCACUACUUGUGGACGAGUUCAUCCUCCCCCCAGGCAUUGAAAAAUAUUCCACGGACUCGGACCAUCUGCCUGUACCCCGGCGUCUUCGUGAAGAACUCGACUUGCAUUUCUUUAACAGGAGCGAUAUCAGAACGCCUUUGUUCCCUAAAGGACUAGCGCUUGAGCAGAGAAUGGAGGCUCACAUCUACACACACAGAUUUGAGAUUGAAGACUUGGACUGGGAUGUUGCUGCCGUUCUGGCUAUGAACCGGGAGAACUUUGGCUCCAAAGGCCCUCUGGAGCUCAGGUCAGAAAGGCUCAUUAGAGAGGCAUCACUUGGUGAUCUCCAGAACGUCCAGAGCAUUCUUAGAUACGGAAAAGUUCACCCGGAUGUAGGUGAUCGGAACGGACACUCUGCACUAAUUGCAGCUACGGUCAACUGUCAUCUCGAUGUGAUCAACUUCCUGCUGGACAGUGGGGUCGAUGUGAAUAAGCUGAAUUAUGAAGGGAUGUCUGCUUUGGCAGUGUGCAGUGUUCUUUACUACCCACUCCAUUCUUUGCAAGAGACAGUGGCUGAAAAGACUUCUCAGGAUGUCACCACAGAAGCAGAGACCAGUGUGUCCUCAACUCUGGCAAACAGCCCACAGGGGUCUGCUGCUGAGGAAAAACCAAAAGAUGAGGUUGAUACAGAACUGCCAGCCAUGAAGCCUGAAGCAUGCAACACAGCUCAGGAACCUGUAACUCCUAAGCAGACUAAAGAAAUUAUAAACCCCAGUAAAGAUGAAAAGGUUCCUCAGCAGGCACCCUAUGAACAAUCCAGAGUGUUAGAGGCUGAACUACCAGAGCUCUCAGACGCUUCUGACUGGUGCCAAAGUGAUGAUGACAGUGAAAAUGUUUUUUCCACUGAGAAAAAGGAAAAAACCUACAGAAAUAAAAGUCCAGGAAAUGACUCUGGUUUUGACUUGGCCAGUUCUGUGGCCAGCAAACACACUGACUCUGCAGAGGACACUGUGCAGCAGAAGAAGUCUAAGGUUCUGUCUGAAACUGGUCAGGUGUCAUCUGCAGAAACUCAAGAGAUGCCUUAUAGGAUGGCAUUUCUAAAAACUAAAAAUGAGUCCCACUGGGCCACCAUGAAGCUGCUGCUGGAGCGAGGAGCCGACCCAAACGCGUCCAGCAUUCCGAUGCCCGUCAUUUUCCUGGCCAUUAAAGCAGGCCAUGUGGAAGCUGUGCGAAGGUUGCUGGAGUGUGGCGCUCGCACAGACGUGCACCUAACUGCCGAGCAAAAGGGCCUGUACCCGCUUCAUGUAGCAGCUGGACUAAUUGGCUCAGAAGGUCCUAAGAUCACAGCGAUGAUCCUACAUGCUAUUGCAGACCCUGAUGUAAAAGCAGAGGAUGCCGGCGAAGUGUAUGAUCUGGACAAGAUUUUAAUGGAGGAGCAAGUGGGUGAUGUAAGCACGUCAUCUCUUGGUUCUGGACCCCCAGCCUGCAUUUAUACCUCCUCUAUAGUGGCAGCUAAGGAAGGGGGAAGGACUCCACUUCACGUGGCAUGCCAAAAAGACACGGAUUACACAAAUGCCAGAGAUGUUGUCUCCAUUCUUCUCUCCCACAAAGCAAGCACCGACCAUCUGUGGAGCGGCCAUUCUCCCCUCUCCCUGUCCAUCGCCAGUGGCAACGACUUUGCCGUGGAUGAGCUUCUGGCUGUAGGAGCCGAUCCUAACCUGCCCCUCUCCUGCCGAGUGGGCAGUGCAUUGUGCGCUGUUGCCAACAUCCACUACAACUCUGGGUCUCGGCCGCAGAACAGAAUCAAACUGGUCGAGAAGCUGAUAAAGGCUGGUGCUAAUAUCCUGAUGCCUGUGAUGGUUGGGGAAAGAAACAGGAGUGGUAUAGGAACAGCAGUGGAUUAUGCAUAUUAUAUGUUUAACAAGGACUGGCGAGUUGCUCAUACCCCGUACCACGCUCUGAAACAGCAAGAGAGGGAGGCCUACAACGCCCGCCGUCAGCUCCUCACUAUGAUGGCAGACCUGACAAGACAGGCUGCCACCAACAUGGAGAAGCAGCGUUUGGAAAAUGAGAAGAGACAAGGUAUUAAAAGUAAUAGUCCCACAGACAAGUUUGUCUUCACUAGAACAGGAGCCAUACCCCCUGCAGAGAGAGCAAGAGUCCAUAAAGCAGUAGAGGAGCAAAGAGAAUCUGUGUCUACGGCUCAGAAAAGGAAACCCUUGUUUAAGUACUGUUACCAAUGUGGCCGCUCUGCGUGGGUGGCGCUGACGCCCUGUAGCCGCUGCCACGAAGUCUUCUACUGCAGUAAGACGUGUAAGCUGAAGGCCUGGAACGAACGCCAUAAGGAGGAGUGUGUCCGUGUGCCAGAAAGUGGACGUCCUGAGGGUAGUCACAUGUCUGGUGACCUGCAGUGUCUUCUUUCAAGCAAAAGCUCCAGGAAAGGCACCAAUCUAAAUUUCAAGAUGGAUAAACCAUACUCGGGCAAGGCAGCAUCUCAUAUCCCCACACGUCAACAUGACCCUGAAGAGAAUUACAGUUUUAUUUGAUUGUGUAGGUGAAAGAAUGACUCAACACAUCGCAACGGAUGUGGAGACACUUUCAUCAUAACAAUGAAAUUUUGGACUGUAGCACUCUGAUUCCAACCUACCUGACUCCAACGUUCAGUUUCUUUUGAAGAUAUUGAUUACCAGAGAUCAGGGUGUUAAAUGACGCUGGAGAUAAACGUUAGUUAUUUCAUUUUGUGUUGUACUACUCAUCAACUCUAUUCACAAUGUCGAAAAUAUCGAUUACUUUUCCCACAGGCUACUGACAUUUAAACAGUAGUACGAUUUAUCAAAAAUGUUUGACACUUACACCAAUUACACAAAGUCUUUCAGGUAAUACUCUUGUCAAGUAGAAGAAAAAGCAACUAGAGGCUGAAUGGUCAUACUUCAACAUCGAAGCAGCUAAAAUAAAUCUAAUAGUGGACCAUAA